CUGAGCUGUCAGUCAGGUCGGACAGGUAACGUGACAAUGUAAACUACAGCAGGUGUGUGAAAAGGCAGGGCUAAGAGAGAGAAAAAGACGAGACAAGAGACGAGGGCGAAGUUUAAACAAAGACAGGAAAGGAUAGUUCAAAAACACAGAUGAGUGACUCUGCGAGGUAAGUAAAGAAGAAAGUGAGUUGGAAGAAGAAAAGGAGAGGGGGGUCAUGGAGAGCACAGUGGACGAGGAUGAUGGGACUUUUACCAACAUCUCUCUGGCAGACGACACAGUGGACGGUGAAUCUGCAGUCCUGUAUACGAAACAGGAGAACGAGCUUUCCAUCAUGAAUUGCGACAUAGAUGGAGACAUGGAGAACCAGGUGGAGAUGGAGGAGAAGACAAGGUUAAUAAAUCAGGUUCUGGAACUUCAGCACACGCUGGAAGACCUGUCAGCGCGAGUCGAUGCGGUCAAGGAGGAGAACCUGAAGUUAAAGUCAGAGAACCAGGUCCUUGGUCAGUACAUCGAGAACCUCAUGUCGGCCUCCAGUGUCUUCCAGACCACCGACACUAAGAGCAAACGGAAGUGAGGCAUCAUGGGGGUGGGGGGGUGGGGAGCCUCUGUGAGAAGAAAUCCACCAUGGAAAGUGGUUUUUGUUUUCUCUGCUUCUGUGUUUGAGCUCCUUUAACUGAGUCUAAACUAACUCUUUAAAACAAAACUUAAACUGACUCUGUCACCUUCGCGACCAGUUCAGAAGUAGAUCCAUUUCUUAUUGGCAUGGCCCAGGUCUGUUCAGAUGAGGUAGACUCAACCCUUUAAUCGCUAACAAAAACACAGAGUAUGUACUGUAUAAUAUGAAAUAUUUAAGUGUCAUUUGUACCUCAAGUUUCUUUUUGAUGCUUUCUGUCCAGAGGAGCAUCUUUGCUGUAUAAUCUGCUUUUCUGAGGUUUUUCCCAACUUUCUCACAUUCCCAAUGUGUAAAUUUGCAAAAACAAACCACGGAUAUCACAAGUAGUGUUUGACCACGACGCUCACUGUUAACACGGAUUGAUUUAAUUUACUUUUGUAAAGUAUUUUGUAUGUUGGCUGGAUCUGGAAGUUUUUGGUAGCUCUCAGAUGUCAUUGUUUGUGCAUAGAAAGCAUGACUGUAUUCCUCCACCUAAAAGCUGGAGAACUGAACAGUGUUACUGAAAAUGAAAACAUAUGACAUGUACUAGUAAUACAUAUCUUGAAUGGUUUUCUUUUUGUUGUACAGUUUAGCAAAUGUAAUAAAACGCUGUUAAAUUAUUAGCCUUUGUAACGGGGGAGUGUGUACGGCUAGGUGAAUGCCACUGUUGAUACAUAAUAUGAUACACGAUAUUGGACAGAGGUCAGUCAAAAUCCCUGGAUAAUAAGAGAAAUGCGCCAGCAGCAGCAGCAUUAUCACCGAGUCGUGAUGUUGUGGUCCGUCAAAAUCUUUAUUAUGGAGGCAGAAUAUUUGUUAUACAGUUGGGGCAUUAUGUUUUAAAAUGUCUGGUUAUACUGUUGGUCGAUGGUAACUGUCUGUUAACACCUUAGAUGUAAAACAAUUUCUGUAUCUAAAAAUAUUAUCAGAGGUUGUCAAGAGUGGAGUUUAAUUUCAGAGUGAUUGCACACUCUUACAAACAUACUUAACUUAAUCACCAUGAAAACAGGAUUUGGUUUUUGUGCUUGAGAGUAUUUAUGAAGUCAAACAUGACUUUAAAGCAAGGCUGACAGAGUAAUGCAUUUAAUUUUUUUGGCGGAUUUCUAUGGUGGCAUUGCACCACCACAAACCUGGCAUAUAAAUUACAGCUUCAUGCAUGAGGACAUUUCUUGAACCAAUGCUGUGUUAACCAAAAAGAUAGAAUUGGGGAAAGUUCCUUUUUGUGUGAUUUAGGGCCCAAGUUUGUGUCCACCUCCCAUGAUAAGGAUGGCGAGUCGGGUCUAAAUGCCCCGAGGAAGUGAGCACUAGAUGCUUUAAGUGCUAUUGAUCCACUCUGGCCUGCCAGAGGAUGGUUCUGACCGUAAAAUGAGAUGAUGUCCUGAUCAUGGAGCAGAGUGGAGGGCGUGUCCUCUGCUGCUUCAGUUAAAAACAAGAUCAUGCUUUUAUUAUUCCCUUUUAACUGUCAGAUAUUGAACAGAAUCAUGUCUUGAGAGCAGUUACUCGCAUGAAAAAAUCAAGCAACUCUGCAACUGGUAAAUCUACAGGAGGUUUUGAAUUAUUUAUAUGCUAUAAUCUAUUGAGGUUAUUUGAACAGUUGUACAGUAGUAAAUCAUUAAAGUAUGACAGAACAUGCUGAAUAUUACCCACCUAUACACACUGAUACCAUCUCACCCUGUAUCUUUGCCUUUUUAAAUGUUUCUGUUUUAAUAAAAUCCUAAGAUCACUCA